UUUUCUUAACGUGGUUUUCCUCUCAAUGUUAACAUUGUUUAUGUUGUGAAAAACGAACGAAAAAAAAUCUUUUUAAAAAUUACAAUUAGCACCUAUACAUUUAUAAGUAACACAUAACAAUGAACGAUCUAUAUAUGUACACAUAAAAAUUGGCCUAUGAGGCCUACCUUAUUUCUCUCUCUUUAUUUUGUUCACAUACUCUUGAUGAUGUUCACAAUUGUCUUUGUUCUGCUCUCAUCAUUCCCAUUUCUUCUUUCUUUGCCACUUCCAAAUGAUACUGUUGUCUCAGCAAGGUUGUUAGAUGCACAACUUCAAAAUUUGGGUUUUAACACAUUUUCAAGGCCUAUAACAUCUGGGGUACCCUAUGAUGCCAAAGUGCCCAAAACCCUAAAUGGGGUUAAGGUCUCAGCAAUGAGGCUUAGGAGUGAUAGUUUGUGGCAUAGAGGUGUUCAAUUCUACAAAGAAUUUGAGAUCCCAAAAAGGGUUAUUGAGCACCCUUUUGUUGAGAGGCUUGUAUUGGUAUACCAAAACUUAGGCAAUUUGUCUAAUAAAUAUUACCCUUUACAUGGUUACACAUAUUUGGCUCCAGUUUUGGGUCUAUUGGCCUAUAAUGGUACCAAUUUGUCUCAUUCAAUGGUACCUGAAUUAUUGCACAUUAGAGCUUAUAAAAAUCCAAUUUUGAUAAAGUUUUCUAAUGUCAAUUUACCACAAUCAGGUUCAUUGUCUAAGUGUGUGUACUUUGGUUUAAAUGGUUCAGUACAAUUUGACAGACUAUUACCCAAUAAUGUAUGUUCAAGUUUCCAACAAGGGCAUUUUUCAAUAGUGGUGGAAUCAAAAUCAGUUCCCCCAUCACCACAUGACCCUAACAAGAAGUAUGAUUUUUGUAUACUAAUUCCUUGUUUGGUUGGUGGGUUUUUGUUGUUGGUCAUAUUGGGUGUAGUUGUUGGUGCUGUGAGAAGAGCCAAAGAUGAGAUAUAA